AAGAUUGUUCACUCAUUUCAUGUGGCCAAGGCACCAACAACCACAUGUACAGGUAACUACUCGUCUUACAUGGGGAUUCCUUGCAUCCACCAGGUCCACAACGCAACACGCAAGGGGGCAAAGUUCACCGCAGACAAUUUCCAUGAGCAGUGGCAUGUCAAGAGUGAUCUGGCUGUGCAACUUAAUGAAAACCAAGACGCCACGGAGGCCCCACAGAAGAACCAUGAAGACGCAUUCCUCAGCAAAGUCUUUCAAAAAUUCCAAUCCCUUCAUCCUGGUGAACAAAACUUUGUGCUAGGCAAAAUUCACAAACUGCUCAACGGAACACAUGCAACCAUUCCACUUGAGGAACCCAAGUUUGAUAAGAACCAUUGA